AUGGCUCGCUCACACAUCGCCGUCGCCUUGGGCGCCUCCCUCCUCGCCGCCCUGAUUGUUAGCCAGCUGGUGGCCACCCUGGGCUUCCCGCAUGUCGACUUCUGGCAUGGGCGCCUCGACCAGGACUACAAGGCCUACCAACACACGCAGCUCUUCCGCCCGAAGCAGGCCGAAGAUGCCGCAGACGACCCGUCGCAGUACCUCAUCGGCGUGGGGAAGGCAGAUAUCACCGGUCCGGUCGUCGAGCUCAACCUGAUGGGCUACGCGAACACCUCGCAAGUCGGCACUGGACUCCGCCAACGUCUCUACUCGCGCGCCUUCAUUGUAGGCAAUCCGAGCACACCCGAGGAUCGCUUCGUCUACAUGGUCUUGGAUACACAGUCUGGAGACACCGCAAUCCGCAAUGGCAUUUUGGAAGGUCUCAAGGCACUGGGAUCCCCCUACUCUAUUUACACCGCAAAGAAUGUCGCCGUAACAGGCACACACAGUCACUCUGGACCCGGUGCAUGGCUCAACUACCUCCUUCCCCAGAUCACCAGCUUGGGCUUCGACAAACAGAGCUACCAGGCCAUCGUUGACGGCGCAGUUCUAUCUAUCAAGCGUGCGCAUGAGGGUUUGACCCUAGGAACAGUCAGCUCCGGCAGCGGGAAGGUCGACAAUGCCAAUAUCAACCGCAGUCUAUACGCCUAUCUGGCGAAUCCGGCAUCCGAGAGAGCCCGGUACACUGACAAUGUUGACAAGACCAUGACAAUGCUGAAGUUCACGAGAGCGAGCGACGGCAAGAACAUUGGCAUCCUCAAUUGGUUCGCUGUCCACGGUACCAGCUUGCUAGGAAACCAGACCAUUGUUGCUGCAGACAACAAAGGUGUCGCUGCCUACCUGCUCGAGCAGGACAUCGCUGCGAAUGCGGCGUCAGUCAAUGCCGCUGAUGGCUUCGUGGCUGGCUUCUCGCAAGCGAACGUUGGUGACACCACACCCAACGUUGAAGGCGCCUGGUGCGAGGACGGAUCUAAUGAGGAAUGCAAGCUGGAAGACAGUACCUGUGGCGGCAAGAGCCAAGACUGCCACGGCAGGGGUCCUUUCUACGGUUUGAACGAUGGCGGUGUCAAGUCGUGCUACGAGAUCGGGAAGCGACAAGCCGACGGCGCCAAAGGCAUCUACACUUCAAACAGCUUCACUUCGAUCACGGGCAGCGUCCGUUCUUUCCACAGCUUUGUGGACUUCUCCAACUUCACUUUCCAGCAUCCGAAUGGAACCACUGUGAAGACUUGUCCUGCCGCUAUGGGUAACUCCUUUGCGGCCGGUACUUCGGACGGUCCGGGUGCGUUCGACUUCGUGCAAAAUGAUCCAGGAGCUCCUAGCAACCCCUUCUGGAACGUUGUAGGCAGCGCGAUCGCCCCUCCUGGGCCUGCGCAGAUCGCGUGUCAGCAACCGAAGCCCAUUCUUCUCAAUGUCGGCGAAGCGAAGACCCCAUACGACUGGUCCCCCAACAUCGUCGAUAUUCAGGUGCUUCGCGUUGGUCAGUUCAUUAUCAUCGUGUCGCCCGGCGAGGCUACCACAAUGUCCGGUCGCCGCUGGAGAGAGGCAGUCUACAACGAAGCUGUCUCCUCCGGUAUCGUGUCGUCCUCUACUCCACCCAUUGUUAUUCUGGGUGGACCCGCCAACACCUACUCACACUACAUCGCCACCGAGGAGGAAUACGGCAUCCAGCGUUAUGAGGGCGCCUCGACCCUACAUGGUCCUCAUACCCUAAACGCCUACAUCAACGCUACUCUAGGCUACCUCCCCUAUUUGGCCGACUCCGCCACCACUUCUUCGCCAGCUGGUCCAACCCCUCCGGACAACCGUGAAAAGAGCAUCUCGCUCAUCACUGGCGUCGUGUACGACGGCGCGGGUAUCGGCAGCAGUUUCGGCAAGGUCCUCACAGAUGUCUCCUCUACCUACACGCGUGGCUCAAAGGUCAUCGCUGUUUUCCAGGGUGCAAACCCGCGAAACAACCUUCGCCUCGAAGGCACCUUUACCGCAAUUGAGAAACAGAACAACGACGCAUCCUGGACGCAGGUACGCAACGACAAAGACUGGGAGCUAUUGUUCGAGUGGAAGAGGGUGAACGGACUCACAGGUACGAGCAACGUCACAAUCAGCUGGGAUACGUCGAUCACAAGCCCGGCUGCGGGAUUGUAUCGCAUCAAGUACUACGGUGACUCGAAGGCUGUUGGCGGCACAAUCACCGCUUUCACGGGAACUAGUGGGGUCUUCAAGCUGUCUUGA